ACGCUGGGGGGUGGGGGGCUGGGGGGGCAGAGAGAAAGAUGUCUUGUGAGAUAGAGAUUGAUUGGUCUGAAUACCGACGAGGGUCUCCCACUUGUUCGUGAUCCAGAAAACACUCCUGCCGACUUUCCUGCAUCCUCUCUCGCUUCCUCCAUUUUCCCCCCUCUUCUUCUGUUCUGCUUCAUGAGCUGCACCUCACUCCUUAAGGCAGAAGAAAUGCUGGGCUUCUGAGGAUGGCUGUGCUGCAUGCAGCAGCGUGCAGGCUCGAGCGCAGCCGGCCGCCCAUGUCAGUGGUCUAGGAUGGCCAGUGAGGGCGCCAGCAUCCCAAGCCCUGUGGUGCGUCAGAUCGACAAGCAGUUUCUGAUCUGCAGUAUAUGCCUGGAACGGUACAAGAACCCCAAGGUCCUGCCCUGUCUGCACACUUUCUGCGAAAGGUGCCUGCAGAACUACAUUCCCGCCCACAGCUUGACCCUGUCCUGCCCGGUGUGCCGCCAGACCUCCAUCCUGCCCGAGAAAGGCGUGGCUGCCCUCCAGAACAACUUCUUCAUCACGAACCUCAUGGACGUUCUGCAGCGCACGCCGGGCAGCAACGUCGAGGAGUCUUCCAUCCUGCAGACGGUCACCGCCGUGGCUGCGGGGAAGCCCCUCUCGUGCCCCAACCACGAUGGCAAUGUGAUGGAGUUUUAUUGCCAGUCCUGUGAGACCGCCAUGUGUCGUGAGUGCACUGACGGGGAGCACGCUGAGCACCCCACUGUCCCGCUCAAAGACGUGGUCGAGCAGCACAAAGCCUCCCUCCAGGUCCAGCUGGAUGCCGUCAACAAAAGACUCCCAGAAAUAGACUCUGCUCUUCAGUUCAUCUCGGAAAUCAUUCAUCAGUUAACCAGCCAGAAGGCCAGCAUCGUGGACGACAUCCACUCCACAUUUGACGAGCUGCAGAAGACGUUAAAUGUGCGGAAAAGCGUGCUGCUUAUGGAGCUGGAAGUCAACUAUGGCCUCAAGCACAAGGUGCUGCAGUCGCAGCUGGACACCCUGCUGCGGGGCCAGGAGAGCAUCAGGAGCUGCAGUAAUUUCACGGCGCAGGCCCUGGACCACGGCUCGGAGACCGAGGUGCUGCUGGUGAGGAAGCAGAUGAGCGAGAAGCUGACCGAGCUGGCCGACCAGGACUUCCCGCUGCAGCCGCGCGAGAACGACCAGCUCGACUUCAUCGUGGAAACCGAAGGCCUGAAGAAGUCCAUCCACAACCUGGGCACCAUCCUCACCACCAACGCCGUCGCCUCGGAGACGGUGGCCACGGGCGAGGGCCUGCGGCAGACCAUCAUCGGGCAGCCCAUGUCUGUGACCAUCACGACCAAGGACAAGGACGGCGAGCUGUGCAAGACGGGCAACGCGUACCUCACGGCCGAGCUCAGCACCCCCGACGGCAGCGUGGCCGACGGCGAGAUCCUGGACAACAAGAACGGCACCUACGAGUUCCUCUACACCGUGCAGAAGGAGGGCGACUUCACCCUGUCCCUCCGGCUGCACGACCAGCACAUCCGCGGCAGCCCCUUCAAGCUCAAGGUCAUCCGCUCGGCCGACGUGUCCCCCACCACCGAAGGGGUCAAGAGGCGCGUCAAGUCCCCCGGGAGCGGCCACGUCAAGCAGAAAGCCGUGAAGAGACCGGCCAGCAUGUACAGCACGGGCAAGAGGAAAGAGAACCCCAUCGAGGACGACCUGAUCUUCCGAGUGGGUACAAAAGGAAGAAAUAAAGGAGAGUUUACAAAUCUUCAGGGUGUAGCUGCCUCUACCACUGGGAAGAUACUGAUCGCAGACAGUAACAACCAAUGUGUCCAGAUAUUUUCCAAUGACGGCCAGUUCAAAAGUCGCUUUGGCAUUCGGGGACGCUCUCCUGGACAGCUGCAGCGGCCCACAGGAGUAGCCGUACACCCCAGUGGGGACAUCAUCAUUGCGGAUUAUGAUAACAAGUGGGUUAGCAUUUUCUCCUCAGACGGGAAGUUUAAGACCAAAAUUGGAUCAGGAAAGCUGAUGGGGCCUAAAGGAGUCUCUGUGGACCGCAAUGGGCACGUCAUCGUGGUGGACAACAAGGCGUGCUGUGUGUUCAUCUUCCAGCCGAACGGGAAGAUAGUCACCAGGUUUGGUAGCCGAGGAAACGGGGACAGGCAGUUUGCAGGUCCCCAUUUCGCAGCUGUAAAUAGCAAUAAUGAGAUUAUUGUUACCGAUUUCCAUAAUCAUUCUGUCAAGGUAUUUAAUCAGGAAGGAGAAUUCAUGUUGAAGUUUGGCUCAAAUGGAGAAGGAAAUGGACAAUUUAAUGCACCAACAGGGGUUGCUGUGGACUCAAACGGGAACAUCAUUGUGGCUGACUGGGGAAACAGCAGGAUCCAGGUUUUUGAUGGGAGCGGAUCAUUUUUGUCCUACAUUAACACAUCUGCUGACCCACUCUAUGGCCCCCAAGGCCUAGCCCUGACUUCAGAUGGCCACGUUGUGGUGGCUGACUCUGGAAAUCACUGUUUCAAGGUCUAUCGGUACUUACAGUGACACUGGCCAGCCGGACGCCUCCCGCCCCUAGGGCGGUCUUGCCCUAUAGACUGGAAUGGGUUUCUCAGCGCGGGACCAGAUCAUGACUACGCUCUUCUUACUAGGAAGACUAUUUGUGAACUUUUCCAAGGUUCUUUCUGAAUGUAACAAUUUCCUUAAAAACUGCUUAUCCAAUUUCCGUAAUUCACUUUUAGAAUUUAAACACAGAAUCUCUUCUACUGACACUAUACAGACUGCAAAGUUUUACACCUGUGAACUUUGGCGUAUAGGACAGGAAUUUAAGUAGUUACACUAAUUUUGCAAAUCAAAUGUUAAAAACAAUUAGCAUAUUGUGAAGAUAUUCGUUAAUCCUGUGAAUGGUAGCCUUCA